UUAUAAACCUAUAGUGGAUUUUAUAGAGAAGAGUUGACCUUCGCUACGACUGUAGUACCAGAUAAUGAGUUCCCCCUUGGGGGUUCAGUUGGUCCCCCAUGCUAAGAACGUUCUGGUGUUCAGAAAUGGCGAUCCAUUCCAUAUGGGACGCAGGAUGGUGGUGAACGAGAAGCAAUUUGUGACUUUUGAGUCUUUCCUGAACGAGGUAACCAGCUCUAUUCAGGCUCCAGCAGCAAUUCGCAACAUCUACACCCCUCGCAAUGGACAUCGUAUUGACAGCAUUAGUGACUUGCAGAACAAAAGUCAGUACGUGGCAGCAGGAACUGAGAAAUUCCGAAAGCUUGAUUACCUUCACACAGAGGUUAAGCCGCCUGCUGUCCCCAAAAGCAGACACACACAGCAGGCACCACGCAAGGUGGAUGUCUCAGCUCGGCGGAGGAAAGACACCCAACUGCCUUGUAUAAUCCACGUUUUUCGCAAUGGGGAUCUUCGUACUCCUCCAUUUCGUGUACUCCUUUCUCCAAGUAUCCUGAAAGAGUGGGAGCUGGUAUUGACGGUGCUAACACAAAAGGCCAAUCUUCUCAGUGGAGCUGUCAGGAAGGUCUGCACUUUAGAUGGGGUAUCUCUGGCUUGUGGAGCUGAGCUAGUCUCUGGGCAAUAUUAUGUGGUCGUUGGAUCGGAGAAGUACAAGUGCCUCCCUUAUGAGGAACUUCUGCUAUCGCGUAGUGACAAAGCUUGGAAUAACGGCAGGCGUCGGUUUCCCAAAGUUGGGGAUGGCAAGGUUCAUAACAUAUCCCAGGGUGGAGCCAGUGACUCUGCUCUCAUGGACUCUCCAGUACAGGAUGGUCGUAGAGUCCGUUCUACAGAUGUAGAUGGAAAAUCUUCUGUUCCCAACCACCAAAAUAGAGAGGAGGAAGCCAUCUUUUAUGCAAAACCAGUGAGAAUACAUCAUGCCCAGAAGCAAACAAUCAAGCAGGAUACAAAUGUGCAAGGAGUCUUCAAGGUGAAAAAGACUCGUCCUGAAUUAGAGGGAGCACAAGAAGUGAAGGAGGAUAAGUACACGCGUGUGGAAGUGCCUGUGGACCAGAGAGCAGCAGAAGUUGUACAGGAAGAAAACAUUCCCAAGAACAAGAGGACCCAUCCUACAGAGGAUAGGAACUCUAAGGACUAAAGACCCCUUCACGAUCCAUUCUCUACACCAAUGAAUAAUCGAAUAAUGACAAGAUGGUUUUCACUUUCAAGACUCUUCCUGUGUCCAACAUUCUCGCUCUUUAAUUUAUAAAAAUAGCUGUGGGUUA